AUUACGGCGCCAUUCCAUUUACUGAACGAAGUAUAGAUAUGCCUAUGGAAUUAGAAAUCAUCUUAUUGAUAUUUGUGACUGCCAUCUUACAGACACUGGAAGCAAGCAGCUACUCAUGCCCCAUAUCAAGAGCAACAGUGCAGGUUGUAGAUGAUUGUCCAGACACUGAAGAUAAAUGGAAAGAGGCUGCAGCUAGGAAGAACUGUGAAGCUUAUGCCAGUCAAUGUGAUGAACCUGAUAGGCUUUUGUACCACUGUGUUAUCAACACAGAUAUUAGUCAGACAUUGGAAGUGUGUGCAUAUGCACAAAACAUUGUUUUAGGUCAUUGUACAGAAUACAGUAGCCUUGGGAAUUUGAUUCAGCCCCAUCUCGAUACAAACUGUUUGCUGUUUACAGUUAAGCAAUGCCCACUGUUUUAUCGAUCAGAUGAAGCUUACAAAUAUCCAGGUUGUUAUAAUUUGACAAAGACAGAAAAUUCUACGUUUGCUUUACCUGACACUCUCUUGAACACGUAA